ACUUACAGAGAGGGUGAGCGUCUUUCGUAGUUCGUGUUUCAGAACACAGGGUUAGUUUUUCCUCACACAUGGCGGACUCGUACAAUUUUGUGAAGUCGACAAAGCUUAAGCUGAAGGGGGACAAAAGCAGCCACAAGAAGCACAAGAAGAAGAAGAGGAAGAGAGACAGGGAGACUGACUCGGCUGGACCAUCACAGCAUGAGCUGCGCGAGGACCAAGAACUACAUGGUGGCUGGUGGAGUGUAGAAAACUUUGACCAGAUCAAGAACAACAUUGCCAUAGAGCUGGGGAACAGCAGCUAUGUGAUGGCAAUGGACACUGGACUGUUUACACUGGGGGCUCCCCAUGCAGAUGGGGAGGGACCAGACCCAACAGAACAGCUCACCGCGAUCGUUCUCUCGGAGACCAAGAUCGCUCUGAAGUCUGGCUACGGGAAGUACCUGGGCGUGAACUCCGAGGGCAUGGUGAUCGGACGUGCGGAUGCCAUCGGACCGCGGGAACAGUGGGAGCCCGUGUUUCAGGAAGGGAAAAUGGCACUGUUGGCAGGAAACAGCUGUUUUGUAUCGUGUAACGACAGCGGUGACAUCGUCGCAACCACCAAGACAGCAGGAGAGGGGGAGAUGGUCAAGAUCAGAACAAACAUUGAACGAGUCAAGAAACAAAAAGUGGAGGUACCUGAUGAGGAGAAAGGGUCACUGAAGGAGGCAGAAAUCAACUAUGUGAAGAAGUUCCAAAGUUUCCAAGACCGAAAGUUAAGAAUCAACCAAGAUGACAGGUCCAAACUUAAGAAGGCUAAGGAGAAAGGCACCCUACACGAGUCUCUUUUAGACAGGAGAGAAAAGAUGAAGGCUGACCGAUACUGCAAGUAACAAGACAGAGGCACAAUGCAGGAGGGGGGCAACAAUGAUCUAGCUGGAUUUUUUA